AUGGCGACACGAUGGAGCAGCGAAAAUGUGGUGGUAGAGUUCCGCGACUCGCAGGCGACGGCCAUGUCUGUGGACUGUCUUGGGCAGCAUGCAGUGCUUUCUGGCCGCCGAUUCCUGUACAUCGUUAAUCUAGAUGCCCCUUUUGAAGGACACCGCAAGAUCUCUCGCCAGAGCAAAUGGGACAUCGGCGCCGUGCAGUGGAAUCCCCAUGACAGCUUCGCACACUACUUCGCGGCUUCGAGUAACCAGCGGGUUGACCUUUAUAAGUGGCAAGACGGCAAUGGGGAAGUUGGCACAACCUUACAAGGCCAUACGCGAGUCAUCAGUGAUUUGGACUGGGCCGUGUUCGAGCCAGAUCUGCUGGUUACCAGCUCCGUGGACACCUACAUCUACAUUUGGGAUAUCAAGGACACCAGGAAGCCCACUGUGGCUCUGUCUGCCGUAGCGGGUGCCUCUCAGGUCAAAUGGAAUAAAAAGAAUGCGAACUGCCUUGCCACCAGUCAUGAUGGGGACGUACGGAUAUGGGACAAGCGGAAACCCAGCACAGCGGUGGAGUAUCUCGCAGCUCACCUCUCCAAAAUCCACGGCCUUGACUGGCACCCGGACAGUGAGCACGUCCUUGCUACCUCCAGCCAGGACAACUCCGUCAAGUUCUGGGAUUAUCGCCAGCCUCGGAAAUACCUCAAUAUCCUCCCAUGCCAGGUGCCUGUCUGGAAGGCCAGAUACACGCCUUUUAGCAACGGGCUCGUGACUGUGAUGGUUCCCCAGCUGCGGAGAGAAAACAGCCUUCUUCUCUGGAACGUCUUUGACUUGAACACCCCAGUCCAUACCUUUGUGGGGCACGAUGACGUGGUGCUGGAGUUCCAGUGGAGGAAGCAGAAGGAAGGGUCAAAGGACUACCAACUGGUUACGUGGUCCCGAGAUCAGACUUUAAGGAUGUGGCGGGUGGACUCCCAGAUGCAGAGGCUGUGCGCCAAUGACAUAUUGGAUGGCGUAGAUGAGUUCAUCGAGAGCAUCUCUCUCCUGCCGGAACCGGAGAAGACUCUUCACACUCAAGAGACUGAUCACCAGCACAGCUCAAGCCACGGGGAGGAAGAAGCCUCAAAAGAAGAUCCCCCGAGCACGCUCUUGGAGGAGAGGAAGUCCGAUCAGCUGGGGCUGCCUCAGACUCUGCAGCAGGAGUUCUCCCUGAUCAACGUGCAGAUCCGGAACGUCAACGUGGAGAUGGAUGCAGCCGACAGGAGCUGCACGGUGUCCGUGCACUGCAGCAACCAUCGUGUCAAGAUGCUGGUGAAGUUCCCGGCGCAGUACCCGAACAACGCUGCCCCUUCCUUCCAGUUUAUUAACCCCACCACCAUCACGUCCACGAUGAAGGCGAAGCUGCUCAAGAUCCUGAAAGACACCUCCCUGCAAAAAGUGAAGCGCAACCAGAGUUGUUUGGAGCCGUGCCUGCGUCAGCUCGUCUCCUGCCUGGAGUCUUUCGUGAACCAAGAAGACAGCGCCUCCAGCAACCCCUUCGCACUCCCGAACUCGGUCACACCACCCUUACCCACGUUUGCUCGCGUGACCACUGCCUACGGGUCAUACCAGGAUGCCAACAUCCCCUUUCCCAGGACUUCUGGGGCCAGGUUCUGUGGAGCAGGCUAUCUGGUAUAUUUCACAAGGCCGAUGACCAUGCACCGAGCAGUUUCGCCGACAGAACCCACUCCUAGAUCUCUCUCAGCCUUGUCGGCUUAUCACACUGGCCUGAUUGCGCCGAUGAAGAUCCGAACCGAGGCCCCUGGGAAUCUCCGUUUGUAUGGCGGGAGCCCCACCCGCAGCGAGAAAGAGCAGGUCUCCAUCAGCUCCUUCUACUACAAGGAACGGAUGUCUCCUCGCUCUGCCCGGCGACGUUGGUCCAUACAAGCAAUUAACGACUUCCCGAAAUCAAGGAGAUGGAAAAGCAAGCGCGAGGGGUCGGACUCCGGCAAUCGGCCCAUCAAGGCUGCAGGAAAAGUCAUCAUCCAGGACAUCGCCUGCCUCCUUCCUGUGCACAAAUCGUUGGGCGAAUUGUACAUAUUAAAUGUGAAUGACAUUCAGGAAACAUGUCAGAAGAAUGCUGCUUCUGCCUUGCUGGUCGGGAGGAAGGAUCUUGUUCAGGUUUGGUCACUGGCCACCGUUGCGACAGAUCUUUGCCUUGGUCCGAAGUCCGAUCCAGAUUUGGAAACACCCUGGGCUCGACAUCCAUUCGGGCGACAGCUGCUGGAGUCUCUGUUGGCUCAUUACUGUCAGCUUCGGGAUGUGCAGACACUGGCCAUGCUCUGCAGUGUGUUUGAAGCGCAGUCUAGGCCUCAGGGGAUACCAAACCCCUUUGGGCCUUUUCCCAGCCGUUCUUCCAAUCUUGUGGUGUCCCAUAGUCGAUAUCCCAGUUUCACCUCCUCUGGUUCCUGCUCAAGUAUGUCAGACCCAGGACUCAACACUGGUGGCUGGAACAUAGCGGGGAGAGAGGCCGAGCACCUUUCAUCGCCCUGGGGAGAGUCCUCACCGGAAGAAAUGCGCUUUGGGAGCCUGACAUACAGUGAUCCUCGUGAGCGAGAGCGGGACCAGCAUGAGAAAAACAAGAGGCUUCUGGACCCUGCCAACACCCAGCAAUUUGAUGACUUUAAGAAGUGCUAUGGGGAGAUCCUGUAUCGCUGGGGUCUGAGAGAGAAACGAGCGGAGGUGCUGAAGUUUGUUUCGUGUCCUCCUGAUCCUCACAAAGGGAUCGAAUUCGGCGUGUACUGCAGCCACUGCCGGAGCGAGGUACGUGGCACGCAGUGUGCCAUCUGCAAAGGCUUCACGUUUCAGUGUGCCAUCUGCCACGUGGCCGUGCGGGGCUCGUCCAACUUCUGCCUGACGUGUGGGCACGGGGGCCACACCAGCCACAUGAUGGAGUGGUUCCGGACCCAGGAGGUGUGUCCCACCGGCUGUGGGUGCCACUGUCUGCUCGAGAGUACGUUCUGA